AUGAAGCUCAUCGCUGAGAACUAUCGUCGCAUGGUGAUACCUCAGAUCACAGCGCUGGACAUCGACAGCUGGACCCAAAUCGGCCGCGGAGGCGGUAUGUCAAAGUGCUAUCUGACCUGGGACGGCGACUUCAAAUGGGGAGGCACGGACGACAUGUACAUGGGGAUGCUUUCCGGAGGUUUGGCGGGCAUGUCGCGGCAGUGGUGGGAUGAAAGCGGCGGAUACGACGACAAGAUGCUGGGUUGGGGAGGAGAGAACAUCGACCAAGGUGUCCGCAUGUGGGUUUGUGGAGGCGAGAUCGUCGCUGCUCCGAAUUCGCAGGUGGCACAUAUGUGGAGAACCGGCUCUGCGAAGACCAGCGCCCGAUACAAGCAUGUUGGUGACACGAUCUACAAUCGUGCCAGGGCAAUCAAUGCGUGGCUGGAAGAGUUCAGUGCCAAGUUGGAUGAUUAUCCCAACUUCGCACAUCGCAAAAGCUCUGGUGGAGCCAAUUGGUUCGGAGACAUGAGCACCUUCAACAACGUCAAGAAACGCCUCAAUGGCUGCAGACCCUUUGCGUGGUACCUGAAGCGCUUCAAGGUAGUCUACGAAGAUGCGGGUCUGAUUCCUCCCGAAAUCUUCAUGAUCCGAGAGGAGCAAAGCGGGCUCUGCCUGCGGUACAUGGGCGGGGCAGGAACGAGUGGCUCCGGAUCCGAGGGUGUGAGGCUUGAAAACUGCGAUCAGAAUAACCACCGCUUCUUCUGGCACCUGGGGAAUCGCAACAAGAAAACAAAGAAAUGCUGCAGCGGCUUGAGGGCCUGGAACACCGACCAGUGCCUUCAGGGCGGCCAAUCAGGCGGACGUGGAAUCACUGGCAUUUGCGAGCUGUCUGGAACGAACCCUUCUCAAGCUUGGUCAUUGACGAGCGACGGUCUUCUCAAAAAGGGUUCCAGCUGUCUGGGGCCAGCCAACACUCAGACACCAGGCCUGAAAGAGGCACCCUGCGUAUCCUUCCGGAACAAGGGCGGGUCGAGGUUCUCCAAGAUGAGCUCCCAGAUUCCGCUUGAGACGAAGCUUUACCGAAAAGCACAGCAGGAACAUCCGGAGGUUUUCGCCCGUCUCAACGCGGAGCUCAAUGUAGACGCACCUUCGGACAUGCCCAAGCGGUGCUUGGAACCAGGCAGAAGCUGCAUCAAGCUGUACUGGAAGGGCAGCACUCAAUGUCUCGAUGCCGAAGCUCAGUGGGUGGAGUCACAGGAAGACUGCGGCUACUACAUCUAUGAGAACCAGGGCUUAAAGCAGGCCGAGACAAUGGCUUGCUUGGACACUUGGUCUGACGAAGACGUCAACACCUGGGGUCUCUACGAAUGUCAUGGUGGCAACAAUCAGAAGUUCGUACAGUCCGACCGACAAGUCUUCUGCGCAUACGUUGACAUUGGGAGUGAGCAAUGCUUCGAGGGCCGUGCCAAGUGA